GGGACGCAUCAUCUGCUGGAAAUCAAACAUAAAGGACCUAAAACACUAAACAGGAGGAGCUGAUCAGAGUCCUCCUCUCUGAGCUCUGAGACUGAUUAUUGAUCACUGAGGACGGAGGCACGUUCACGUUCAUCCUCCGGCCUGCAGGGGGCGCGCUUACGUUAGUUCGGCUGCUGUGACGCAAACUGUGACGUGGCACAGAGGUUAAAAUAGACCCGCGAAAACUGAGAAGAACCUGAACCGGGACCAGCAGCUGCCCCCGCCAUGGGUCAGGAGUUUCACGUCCUCAGGUGUUUCAGCUGUCAGAGCUUCCAGGUUCACCAGGUGAAGAAGGCGAGCAGAUGGAGCUGUAAACUGUGUGGAGAGAAACAGUCGCUGCUGAAGGAGUUUGGUCGGGGCUCCGCGGCCGACUGCAGACGUCAUGUUCAGAAACUGAACGCCAUGAGAGGAGCCGUAAUGGAAGAGCAAGAGCGCCACACCUGGUCGCUAUGGGAGCAGCAGGAGGAGGAGGAGGAACAGAGAGACAAACAGGUGAGACAGGCUCAGACAAGCCGCUGGAGCAAAUACUUGGAUACACCUGAGGAGGCGGAGCCAGAAGAUGAGGCGGAGCCAGAGGAGAAUGAUUUAGUAAACAGGAAGCAGCUCGAUGGCAACAAGAUGGCUGAGAGGAAGAGGAAGAGAGCUAAGGAAGCAGGACCAGAGGAUGGCCACACACCUGAACAGCUAAACUGUCUGAAACCCCGAAAACCUUCAGCCACAACCACCUGUAGCCCCGCCCCCUGCUCUCCAGCCACCAGGUGGUCUUGUUUCCUCAGUCCUGAGUGUAAGGUGCAGGAGGAGGAGCCUGCUGUUUGUGGCCAGACUCAGUCUUUAGGUGGAGCCUCUGAUCCGUCACGCUCCAGCAUAAUCAGCAGACCCCACCCCCUGCUUCCUGCUUCCUCCAUGUUUGAGAGUGGCGAGGAGUUCAACUUUGAUGACGACUUCCUGACGCAAGUUUAAAGACAAGCAGGUGUUGGUCAGGUGUUUAUUUAACCUUGUUUCCAGAUGUUGGCCCUGCCUCUCGCACUAAGGUGAUUGGGAUAGGCUCCAGCCCCCCCAUAACCCCUCAUUGGAUAAGCAGAAAAAGAUGGACUCGUUUUUCUGACAGAUGUUUGUUUCCAGAUGUUUAUAAAUGACAGAUUCUGUUUUUCUUCUUCAUGUUUUUAUUGCUCAGACAGAAAUGUUUAUGUUGAUGAUCAAUAAAGAGAACAGA